AUGGGUGUCUUCUUCUCCGUACCACUUGCAGGUGUCUUUGGGACUGUCGCAUCAUCAUGCCUAGCUGGACUAGCCUUCUGCUUCACUUCUACAGCGGCGUCGAUGUUCUGCAAGUCAUGUAAUUGCAAUUCUUCAAUUGCCACGCGUGUCGGGUUUGCUAUUAUUUUCUGUCUGAACUCCAUGUUGGCGUGGUUAAUGAAGACUCGCUGGGCAAUCGACUUGAUUCAGAAGUGGAGUCACGGCUACCUGGAGAUGGAAUGUGCUGAAGGCAGAUGUUACGGUGUUCUUGCAGUCCAUCGGAUCUGUUUUGCAUUGGCUCUGUUCCACGCAAUCCUCGGUGCUGGUCUGAUUGGCGUCAAAGACACGAAGGACAAACGUGCUUCCAUACAGAAUGGUUGGUGGGGACCGAAGGUCCUUCUCUGGCUAGUUCUCCUCGUUGCAUCGUUCUUCAUUCCGAACGGCUUCUUUAUGUUCUGGGGCAACUAUGUUGCAUUGAUCGGUGCCACUAUAUUUAUCCUACUCGGACUGGUCCUUCUAGUCGACUUCGCACACUCGUGGUCCGAAACUUGUCUAGAGAAUUGGGAAGCGUCCAACUCUAAUCUCUGGCAAUGGAUUCUCAUCGGAUCCACAGCGAGUAUGUAUGCCGCUGCCAUUACGCUAACGGGCAUACUCUAUGCGUUCUUCGCGCAAUCGGGCUGCACCCUCAACCGGUUCUUCAUCUCUUUCAAUCUCGCGCUAUGCGUUGUCAUCACCGUCAUGUGCAUACACCCGACCGUGCAGGAGUACAACCCCCGCUCCGGACUUGCUCAGUCGAGCAUGGUUGCGGUGUACUGCACAUACCUCAUCAUGUCUGCUGUCGGCAACCAUGAGCACGAGGCCUGCAAUCCUCUGCGCCGCAACGGACCUGGCACGGUGGAAGGCGCCCGAACCACGACUGUCGUGCUUGGUGCGGUCUUCACCUUCCUGGCUGUAGCAUACUCUACCACCCGUGCCGCGACGCAGAGUCGAGCGUUAGUAGGCAAGAACAAGAAAGGCGCGCUGCAGCUGCCGAGCGACGAUGAUGGCCAUGCAGAGCUCGGGGUGGUGAGCAGCCAGCCGAGUCGCACCGAGUCGCCUCGGUAUCAGGCAUUAUUGGCUGCAGUGGAAGCUGGAGCAAUUCCUGCAUCUGCAUUGGAUGAAGAUGAGGAUGAGGACGAUGACGAGGUGAAUCCUGAGACGCGUGACGACGAACGGACAGGCACACGAUACAAUUACUCAUGGUUCCAUGUUAUCUUUGCCAUUGGUGCGAUGUACGUGGCAAUGCUCCUGACUGAUUGGAACGUCGUGAAAGCGUCCACAGGGCAAGAUGAUCCAGACCAGGAUGUCUAUAUUGGCCGCUCGGAGGUGGCUAUGUGGAUGCGGGUUGUCUCGAGCUGGGUCUGCAUGCUGUUGUACAUGUGGAGCCUGCUCGCACCCGUCCUGAUGCCUGAUAGGUUCGGCGACCUUUGA